AUGGAGCAGAUGGAACAUCUUCAGGUACCUUCUCACAUUAAACGUCUACAGGAAGAUAUUUAUACAAUGACAACAUGGUCGAGCAGCGUAGUUAAAAAGAACGAAGAACUGCAGAAGAAUCUGACAACCCUUCUUCACGCAGUUGCAAGUGUUGAAGAGAAUGCAGCUUCUGUAGCCAAAAAUGUAACUUUGAAGAUUGUGACAGUAAAAACUGACAUAAGACGUAUUUCAGGCCUGGUCUCGGAGAUGGCCGCACUGACGGAGUCUUUGCAAGCAUUGGAAGAUAAGGUAGAAAAAGGUGAAAAGAAGACGAUAGAAAGCAUAAGUGAUCUGAUUACCAGUAGCAUCGACCGAAGUACUGAACUACAAAACUUGGCGUCCAGUAAUGCAAGAAAAAUUGAGCAAAUUAAGACAGCUUUGUCUGAGUUAAGGAGUGACUUUAACAAACAUUCAGAUAGACUUUUGAAUCUCGAAGGAGACAGAGCAAAAGUUCUGAAGACCGUUACUUUUGCAAAUGAUUUAAAACCCAAGAUGUACAAUCUUAAAAAGGAUUUUGCCACCUUGGAGCCAUUAAUAAGCGACCUAACACUGAGAAUAGGAAGAUUAGUUGAGGAUGUGUUACGACGGGAGAAAGAAAUUGCUUUACUGAAUGAGAAGCUGACCAAUCUAACAAGAGUUCAGACUGAGAUCAAAGGUAUGAAAGAGGAAAUAGCCAAGAUCUCAGACAUUAAUUGAUCACUAGAAAAGACACUGCCUACGAAAUAGCAAUGUUUGAGGAGUGUUACUCCGUCAUGAAUAGUGCUAAGAAGAAAGACAACAUUUAAAGGCUUUGUUUAGAAGCACACUGGAACUUUGAAACUUCUUUCUUUUAAAAGAGAAGAAAAAAAAUACUGAUUUUGAGGGAAAACAAGCUAUAAUUUGAACAAAAAACUUGUUUCUGUGCAUAUUUAUGUCUUUCCAAAGAGUGACAGGUGCUAUAUUUAAUUAAAUGCUUGUUUUGUACAAUAAAACAGUAUUGAAGCAUAAAAUAUUGAUCUUCAGCUUUCCCUUUCCUGCUUCAAAAGAAGGAAUAAAAUUGUGGUCUCCACAUAAAUGAAAGGUAAUCAAACUGCAUUAGCAAUUUAGUGCUUGUCUCAAUACAUUAACUUUUUUUUUUUUUUUUUUUUUUUUUUUUUAAACCACAGCAGUUUCCUAUUUUAAUUUUUUAAAUAAUCCAUAUUUAAAGAGGUAAAUGCAGGGAACCAAGCAAUGCAGGAAAAAACCAGGAAAUGCAGUUGAUGCCCAGCAAAAAGUUUUUCCUAUAAAUCAGUAUUUUCUCUGAGGCCUUAUGAUUGCAAUCACAUAAUUAUACAGCAUUAUUAGGUCUUUAAAACACAGUACUAUACGGAGGGGGUGCUUUGAAAGAUCUACUAUCUUAUUGAUGGCCUUCUCCCAGUGUCACCUGUAUGUAUCCAUACAGGAAUCCUAACAGCAUUAUUCAUCAUUGCUUAGCCUGUAAAAUACUACAGCAAUUGGCAAGAUUAACAAAAAGAACCUACUGAGAUGUCAAAGAAUAAGACUGAUACUAGCCCCUGACUGUAUUUCUGUGGUGAAGAACAAGAGCUUACGGUACCUGAGACAUUUUAAAGUGUAGUAAGAGAGAGAUUGAAGUAACGUGAUACUGGGAGACCGUUUAGCAGAGAAAAGAGAAGAAAAUGCACUAAGUAGGAAUUGAAAUUGCUAUUAAAAAAAUUAAGCAAGAUGUAGCAAUUGAGAAAAAAUCCCUAAAAGUGAAGUUAUGUCAAGAGAUAUAACCUAAUAGGGUGGUAUUUAUAACUCGUCAGUUGUUCAGAUGGUCAUAUCUGAAAACAGUGCAGCUGGUUGGCCCUUGAGUUGAUGGAAGAUAUAAUAUCAUUCUUUUCCCUCACUCUUCCCAUCAUUAUUCAGCAUUCCAUGAUUUUUUGCACAUUUUUAUGUUUCAAGUUUCUUUUACUCCUUUCCAGUCCAUCUGACAAACCACAGGAAUAAAACUGUUAAAAGACAAGUCUUCCUAAAAAGCAUCCAUAUGUGCCAACCAAGGAACCUUUGUUCUUUCACACAGCUCUUGAGCAAACUCCUGAAAAUAACAAGGUGUUUGAAGGAGAAAAAUAAAAGGACAUCCAGAAUGAUCAACCAUGUUAAAGUGCAGGUUCUGCAUUGCACCUGAAAAAUACAGAAGCACAGAAUAACAGAAUAUCCUGAGCUGGAGGGAUCCACAAGGAUCAUCAGGUCCAAAUCCUGGCCCCAGACAGGACUACCCAAAACUAAAACUAUUGUCUGAGAGCACUGUUCAACACCAGAGAAGAGUUCAGCACCCAUCCCUCCAUACCUCUCGUGAGGAACUGUGAGCCACCAUGAGGCCCUCCCUCAGUCUCUUCUCUGGGCUCAGUGACCUCAGCUGCUCCUCAUACAUCUUCCCCUCUAGACCCUUCACCACAUUCAUAGUCCUCCUCAGUUUGGUCUAAGGACAGAGGCAAAACUCAUUCUGUAUUGGAAAAGAUGAGGCACAGUGAGGCAAUUUUCAUAACUUUAGAUCAAUCUACUAGCCUUGCUUUUUGCUUUUGUGCUCUCAGCAGGGGGGAGUGUAUGAGAUCAGGAAAAACACAGUUCUUAUUUAGUUCAUUUCUAUGGAUGGUCAACAAUACCCUCUACAAUUUCAUUAUGUGAUGGAGAGAUUCAGGUAGCAAUGAAAAUUACAGCUUUGCUACUUGCAAAGACUCGUUCCAUACAGUGUAAGCCAUAAUGAUAUUCAGGACAUCUUUGCUUUUACCUUAUCACUCAAGUAUGUUGCUCAAGAAUAGUAUUCUAGCCAGCAACUUACAACGAAUAAAAGCAUCAACAGUGUUCAGUGACAAAUCCUGAAACAUUACAGGAGCACAGCCAACGUAUUGAAGUCUGCUCUUAGACACCAGAACACCAAGCGAGCCAGAAGUCUGCUAGUGAUUCUUUCCCCACAUCACUCAAGUUACAGAAACUGUAUCCUGUAACAAGGCUAUAUAGCUAUUGAGCUCAUCUGUCCAAGAGGUACUCACGUUCACUGUAAAAAACAGGAUUUAUUGUUUUCACUGUGAACUACAUUUCCAUGUAGAAAUGUAAAUGAAUUACAUCUAUUUGUAUUAUUAUAGCCCAGUUUAAAAUGAUAUGUUACAAGCAUUUCAGCACGUAUUAGCAACAUCAGCGAAUUUGAUCUGUAGUACAAUCUAAUACAAGCACAGGGUGUGAAAGUUCUUAUUCCAAAUUUCUAUAGGCAGUACGUUUUAAACCAGAAAGCAGAUUUCAGCUCCAUAAAUAUUGAGUAUGUUUUCUCCUUCAUAAAAAAAUAUACAGAAGCAGCAUAUAUAUGAUCCAUGUUUUAUGAAGCACUCUUGGGUUUAAUGAUUGUUCUGAAGUUAUCUCAGUUAUACGUGGUUCCAGAGGAGUGCUCCUUUCCGAUACAGGACUUUCUCUGUAAAAACAACCAAGCCCAUCUGAAGUACCGUGGCUCUCCCACCCAUCUUCUCUACUUUGAGAAAACAUACUGCACAUAAUGCUAUAAAGCACAUUUAUUAAUGACACAGUUUGACUUUCAAAUACAUUUUAAUACCACCACUUUCCCACUGAAGCAGUUAAAAUUUCAGUGGAUAAUUUUUUGUGCAAUAGCAUUUUCUAUGUUGAAGCAUCUCAAGCAUCCAAACAAGCCUAUGGCUAAAAAUCAACACUUAGCAGCUGCAGCUGCCAGUCAGCAGCUCCCUCUCAAGUUUUCCACUGGAACAGAAUAGUGGAAGUAGAACUAGGUCUAUUUUGCCUUUCUCAGUUACAAAAGAAAAGGAGAUAUAACUGUUCUUAGUAGUUUUAUCUUAGAUUGACCUUGAUAAAGGUCAUCUUCCAAAGGACAGCUUCAGGUUCACCUUAGAGCAAAAAUAACGUUGUUUCAUUACUGCACGUGUUUACAGCUGCACAAAGGUAGCCCAGGUGUUUCUAGAGAAAAACCACGAUUUUGCUCCACCCAUGAAACAAGAGAGAAGUCUUGCAAAAUGUAGCUUAACAUUGGUUUACU